AUGGAAUGGGUGGAAAAGAGACGGGGAAGAAAGAGAGGAGAGAGAGAGAGGGGAGAAAAAGAUGAGAUAGGGAGGAGAGAGGAGGGAAAGAGGGUGGAAAAGAGGAGGGGGGGAAAGGGUGGAAAAGAGAAGGGGAAAAAGGGUGGAAAAGAGGAGGGGAAAGAGGGUGGAAAAGAGAAGGGAAAGAAAGAGAGGAGAGAGAGAAGAAACACGAAACGCCGCUACAAGACAAUUGACACUGAAAGAAACACGAAACGCCUCUACAAGACAAUCGACACUGAAAGAAACACGAAACGCCGCUACAAGACAUUUGACACUGAAAGAAACACGAAACGCCGCUACAAGACAAUCGACACUGAAAGAAACACGAAAAGACGCUACAAGACAAGCGACACUGAAAGAAACACGAAACGCCGCUACCAGACAAUUGACACUGAAAGAAACACAAACACGAAACGCCGCUACAAGACAUUUGACACUGAAAGAAACACGAAAUGCCGCUACAAGACAAUUGACACUGAAAGAAACACGAAACGCCGCUACAAGACAAUUGACACUGAAAGAAACACGAAACGCCUCUACAAGACAAUCGACACUGAAAGAAACACGAAACGCCGCUACAAGACAUUUGACACUGAAAGAAACACGAAACGCCGCUACAAGACAAUCGACACUGAAAGAAACACGAAAAGACGCUACAAGACAAGCGACACUGAAAGAAACACGAAACGCCGCUACAAGACAAUCGACACUGAAAGAAACACGAAACGCCGCUACAAGACAAUGGACACUGAAAGAAACACGAAAAGCCGCUACAAGACAAUGGACACUGAAAGAAACACGAAAAGCCGCUACAAUACAAUCGACACUGAAAGAAACACGAAACGCCGCUACAAGACAAUCGACACUGAAAGAAACACGAAACGCCGCUACAAGACAAUCGACACUGAAAGAAACACAAACACGAAACGCCGCUACAAGACAAUUGACACUGAAAGAAACACGAAACGCCUCUACAAGACAAUCGACACUGAAAGAAACACGAAACGCCGCUACAAGACAUUUGACACUGAAAGAAACACGAAAAGACGCUACAAGACAAGCGACACUGAAAGAAACACGAAACGCCGCUACAAGACAAUCGACACUGAAAGAAACACGAAACGCCGCUACAAGACAAUCGACACUGAAAGAAACACGAAACGCCGCUACAAGACAUUUGACACUGAAAGAAACACGAAACGCCGCUACAAGACAUUUGACACUGAAAGAAACACGAAACGCCGCUACAAGACAAUUGACACUGAAAGAAACACGAAACGCCGCUACAAGACAAUCGACACUGAAAGAAACACGAAACGCCGCUACAAGACAAUCGACACUGAAAGAAACACGUAA